AUGGAAGGGCUACCAACACUUGUCGUGCCCGAUGACCCCGAGACUGGAGCGAUCGAGCGUCCAAAGACUCCUCCACCGAUCCAGAUUGACGAGAAGCGGUUGCUGAGUAAUACGACGCAUCUACCCGUGAAAUUACAGGCACUACCCAUUUCUCCGAUAGCGUCAGAAACAGAGUCAACUCCUCGUCAACCUACAGCACGAAAUGAGCCUCAAAAUUUAGAUUCAAAGCAAGCCACUUCUCGACAACCUACAGCUCGAGACAAUUCUCAAACUUCGAGGCUUCCAACAGCUCGAAAUGAGGCCUCACCGUCAGGAUCUACCAAGACGACCCCGAGGCCGCCUACUAUCAACGAUGGCGUACAAGAACAGCCCGUCGAAACCCCAGUCCUGAUUAUUGGUAUUGAUACUACCAUCGAGGAGCGACCUGAAUCGGCUCGACCUCUCUCACCUCGCGCCGCCUCCUUGAGUAGUAAAGACUACAAGGCCAUGGCUAAGCGAGCCGCUGCGACAGCCAAGCUCGACCGUCUCGCAGCAGGCAACAAAUCUGUGUUCGACGCUAAUAUGAACGACAUCGCAGCGUUAGGUAUCGGCAUGGAGCUGUAUUUCUUGCUUAUCAAGUAUCUAAGUUGGGCCUUCUUUACGAUGGGGAUCGUGUCGCUUCCGGCCAUUAUAGUCAACUACUACGGUGACGGUGUGACGGCCAAGAUGGUAGAUCCACUACAACUAGCCUACGCAUCACUAGGAAACCAGGGCGUGAACCCAGACAUCGCGAGCGACCCGACUCAAUGUCUCCCCAUUGGAGAAAUCGACUGUACCGGCGCUACCGUCAAUACGCCGUUCACAACCGACCCACAGAAAGUGGCUUGGAUCGUGACGUCGAGCGAUGCGAUCUAUUCUUUCGUCUUCCUCAUCGUGUAUCUUCUGUUCCGUCGCCACGCCAGACGUGCGAUUGACGCUCAUCAGAACGAACACCUGACGCCGGCCAAGUACGCGGUCUUCGUCCGUGGUUUGCCUCCGGACGCUACAGCUCGAGAGGUGUUAGAGCACUUCAACUCACGCUAUGACCCGACUCAAGAGGAGAUAUACUAUCCCUUGUGGCUUGGUUGCUGCUGGGGACGACGGCCACGUCGAACCAAGCACUCGUUGUCCAAAGAAGCCGUCAAUUGUAAUGUUGUCAACAAUCUAGAACAUCUUUGGCGACCUGAUGACCUCGGCCAAGCGCGGCCCCAUCACAUGUACUUGGGUACAUGGAUCGCCGAAGUAAGUAUCGCUCACCCGACUGGCGGAUUAUUGAGAACGUUCUUGGCCAUGGAAGUCCUGACUCGUAAGAUCUCCGAGGCCCAAGCUCUCGUUAGUAUCCUCACGCAAGAGAAGGAGCAGGCUGAACUUGCUCUGCAGAACUGGGCACCACCUCCAGGAAAAAAGAACCCCAAGAAGCCGAAAUCGACGUUUAAAAAGGCCGACGAACUGUUGUUACAGGCCACGACGAAAAAGCUGGAACGACUUCAAGCUGCGAUGACCAAGAAGACCAGCAAACUCAAAGCACUUAAACAAGCGAAUAAACAACUGCAGGAGCAACAGAAGCAAGAAGCGGAAGCAGCAGCUGCAGAUAAUACUUGUACACCAGGGCAAGCCAAGACAGUGAAGAAAAAGAAAGCUCCAGAUGCUAAACCGUUCGAUCUCAACGCCUGUGAGUGCGCGUUUGUCGUCUUCAACAACCUCGAGUCGCGUCGUCGAUGUCUUCAAGACUAUCGACGGUCAGACCAAUGGCUACCACGUAAAUUUCAGCCGAAAACGUUACGUUUUCGCGACGGUAAUUUUCCCCUUACAGUGGUUGCAGCACCCGAACCGUCAAAUAUUUUAUGGGAAAAUCUCGAAGUGACAGCUCAAUCUCGACGACUCCGCCGCAGUUUUACGAACGCAGUGACGUUUCUACUCUUACUUCUAUCGGGUGUUAUCAUCUCUGCAGCGCAGUCAGCACAGCAGACUUUCAAGGAUAAGGCACCUCCCGCUGGACUCUGUGAAUCCACUUUACCCGAGAUUUUCUACGCCAGUCCUGACUUUCUGGAUGCUAAAGCUACGUGGAGCCUCGAGUGGGACGUUAACGCUACAUGCGCACCGGGAGAUAGUGGCGAAACGCGCUACCACGUUGCGUAUUCGAAUGGAAUUUUUAACGAUAUCACGGUGGAAAAACCUACGUCUCCUGUCAAUGAAUUACAUCGUUGUAUAGAUCCGUGUGUUUCCGAAAAAUCGAACACAAAAUGCAACACGCUUGCAUGUUUUAGUGGCGCUGCUCGCGAAGAAACUGGUGAAGACUGCGAGACGUAUCUGGCGAGUCAUGCUCUCUAUUGUCUGUGCACUGCCCAACUUCAAUCCAGUAUCGCGGAAUUUGGAGUGAUCGAUGGCCCUCAAGAACUGUGGAACACAUAUGUCCCAUGUCGUGGCUUUUUGACCGAUUUUCUCGCCAAAAAUGCUUUUAUUGUCAUCGCCUCCGCUGUCGUGGUCAUUGUCAACAUCGUGCUCAAGUCCACAUUACGAGGCUUUGCGUCUUUCGAGCGACAUACUAGUGAGUCAGCUAAAGCCUCAGCUGUGGCUCUCAAGAUGUUCGCAGCGCAAUUUCUCAACACUGCCAUCAUUGUGCUUGUAGUGAACGCUGCACUAUCACUCAGUGCCAUUCCUGUUCUUGGAGAGCUCUUUCGAGGCAAAUACAGUGAUUUCCAGCGAGACUGGUACCCGACUGUGGGCAUGGGAGUCACGAUGACUAUGCUGAUCAAUGCCAUUAUGCCGCAAUGCAUACUGUUGCUGCAACUGUGUGUAAUCAGCCCCUUAAAGCGCUGUCUAGCACGUCGGACUGUACGGACACAAGAGAAAAUGGAUCAGCUGUAUGCUGGACCAAAGUUCGACUUGGCUGUUAGAUAUCCUAUGGUCCUUAACUCGGUCUUCGUGACGCUGGUGUUCUGCGGGGGCUCUCCGGUGUUACUUUUUAUCGCAACUUUAGCGUGUACCGCAACAUUCUGGAUCGACAAAUUGUCACUUUUGUGGCUUUACAGUGUCAAAACAGCGUACGAUGAAGCGCUGGGUGAAACUGUCCUGGGUUUAUUACCCUGGGCGCUGGUAGCUCACUUGGGUUUUUCUUCUUGGAUGUAUGGCAACACGGAUUUAUUAAAGGCCCCAACUCUGAAACUCGGCUGGGUGUUUGAGUUAUUUGGGCUUAGUACGGACGGUGCCACAGAUACGGAAGAAAUGUACAACAAGCUGGUCGCACAAGCCACUACAUUUGACCCACUAGGCAAGAAUGGCUUCAUCGUCAAAGUUCUCCAUGUGAACGUGAUGCUCAUGUUCUUCCUCUUCGUAUUGGUGCUUGCUGGUAUCCUGCUUUCCGCUGUUUGGGUGCGAGUUCUUUUACCGGUUCUACGCAACACGGUGGGUCGUAUUCUCCUGGCAAUUUGGAGUCGUCUACGACCACUGUUCCGCUUCUGUCGAUGUCGCUGUUCGUGCUUUAGAAGACGGAAAAAUAGACCUCCAACUGAAGGGUCUGCUAAAGUUGCAGCAGAACUUAUACUUACGGACAUCCCUUUAAGCCCUCCCCUCUUAGUGCAACGGUCUUCAGUGGCUCCGCUAUCCGCUCGACCAGUACCGACUGAGGUGGUUCUACCGGAGUUUACCGAUGUCUUCCGUAAGUCCGUAGGGCCGAAGUUCCGUCCGGACGCCAAGGUGGGAUUCAGCCGCGACUCUAGUCGUCCAUCCGAGCUAGUUCGGUACUGGAAAGAGGAGACUACGAGCAAUGGGUUCCACCGAAAAGCAGGAGACCCGAUGAGGACAUGGGAAGCGAUCCAAGCGCCCGUAAAGACCUCGUGGCAGCGUCUCGACGUGCUCUUACAAUUGCAGAGAACCCAGAGACGCCCUCUACCAAGCCUGAAGAUGCAACUGUAA